CUUUGUGCUGUUUAGGUUGUUUUUAACUGCUAUGAUAAAUUUAAAGGUCGUAGUCUUUUUGCUGUAUUGUUUGUACUACGUUAAAGCACAACAAUUACAGCCCAUUUUGUUGGUGCAUGGCGGAGCUGGUGACGUUUCGGAUGAAUCCAUACCACUUAAGAAAUAUGGCGUUAAACUUGCCGCUAGAUUAGGUUAUGAAAUUUUAAAAGAUAAUGGCAGCAGUCUUGAUGCAGUUGAAAAAGCUGUGCGUUUUAUGGAAGAAUAUUCACAAUUCAAUGCAGGUCUCGGUUCUGUGCUAACUUGGGAUGGUACAGUUGAAAUGGAUGCAGCAAUUAUGGAUGGUGCAAGCUUAGAUGCAGGUUGUGUGUCAGUGGUACAAGAUAUAAUGAAUCCCAUAACCUUGGCACGUAGAGUUAUGGAGAAAACACGUCAUAGGUAUCUGGCUGCAGAGGGUGUAAUGAAAUUUGCUGAAUCAGAAGGUUUCGAAAUAUUACCAAAGGGUUCAUUAGUCACUUCAGCUGCUCUUAAAGCUCUUGAAAAUUACAAAAAUAGUUUAAAUGCCACACAAGCUUUAACAAAACUUAAUGAUAUUGAUACAACUUUAUUUGGUUCACCUGGUACUGUUGGCGCUGUAGCUAUUGAUGUGAAUGGUAAUGUUGCUGCUGCGACAUCUACUGGUGGCAUAACUGGAAAAUUAUCUGGACGUAUUGGAGAUUCACCAAUUUUAGGUGGAGGUACUUAUGCUGAUAAUGAAAGUGGUGCUGUAUCUGCUACUGGACCGGGUGAGUUUAUUAUGCGUUAUAAUGUCGCAUCACGUAUACUUGCACUUGUUCAGCACCGGGGUCUCAAUGCACAUCAAGCAACUAAAGAAGUGCUGGAAAAUAUGAAAGAACGUUUCAAUCAAACUGCUGGUGUUAUUAGUAUUGAUGCAAAUGGAACUUUAGGCAUUGUUUUCACAUCUAAACGCAUGUCUUGGGCAUACCAAAGUGGUAAUGAAUUGCACUUUGGAGUUGAUGAGGGAGAAGAUCAAGUGGAAAUUGUUACUUAUAAAAGUUUUAGUUUCUUAUAAAUGAUUUUUAAUUGUUGGAUUUUAAGAGAUUUCAGGAAAAUAUUAUU